AUGGUGCAAGUGCUCGGGAAGGUAGUGCGCGACAACGAGAUCACAGGCCGUGACCUCUCGUUCAAGUCGGUGUUGCGCGAGCUCAAGGGCAAGGGGUGGGCGCGGAAGCCGCCUCCACGGCGCAGUCUCGACGACCGCUACUUCUACGUUCGACCAGGCGAGAGCUCAAGCGGGACGGAAGGCGUUCAUUUCUUCCGAGGCGAGGACGCAGUACUGGAAUACUACGCAAAUGCGCUUCGGAAUGGCUCUCGUGCUCCAGCAGCAAUUGCACCGCCACCAACUCCUCCCCGCGCCGCUCCUGGUGACGCGCAACUUGCCGCUGCAGCUAAAGUCGUGCGCUUGAACUACCUCGCUGACAUCGAAAGGGCCGAGGCGCGAGCCCAAUCCGCCACGAACGCUGCAAGUCGAGUUCCUACUGCAGCUCAAGGUGCUGCAACUCAAGCGGCAACACAGUCGGAUGUUCCUCAAGCUGAGACGCAAGCGCGUGAGCGCGAAGUCGUCACAACUCCAACAACUCCACCGCUCGCACGCACUCGUCCAGUGAAGGGCAAACGACCAGCACGGCGCUCCCUCGUUCGGGGUGAUAGCCCGAUGGCGAGUACGCCGCCUCGAUCUCGCUGCCCAACGCCACUGCUGGCAACGUCACCUCAUGUCCAGGAUUCAGAUGCGUCCAUGUUCGACGACGCGCCGUCGGACGACACCACACCCAGUGAUCAUGAACAUAGUAAGCUGUCUCUUAUACUGUCCCUUAUGCUGCAUUGUAUGCUGAAUGUUAUGAUGAAUACUGUACUGAAUAUUAUGGUGAAUGUUAUGCUGCAUUCUGCUUUUUACUGCUGCUUUACUGUAGACGAUCACGGCGACGACGAAGAAGCUGAAGCUGGUGCACUCGGCAAUGAGCUACUGGCCGACAGCACGGGCGCGUCGAAUGUUGUGACGGAUGGAGAUAGCGUGCCCCAGUUUGGUUCCAUGGAUUCUGGCGAUGAAGCAGAGAAGGAUGAUAUCGAGAAUGGCGAGUACGGGUCAGACGAAGAUGUGGACGCUUCGUGUGCCCCUGAUGACGUCGUCGACGAUCCCGAGCAGACCGAGAAAGAGAUCGCAGCGGAGGUUCUCUUCGCGGAGAAUUUUCUGUCGCAGUUUGGUGGGGAGGACGAAGUGCUGGCGGAUAACCUGAAGAACGCUGUCUUGCGGGGCAUGAGUGCGACGGGUUGGGAGGACGUCGUUCAGCCUGACACCUACGACUAUCUCAUGACGCCUUAUGAGCCUGUCAAUGAUGCCGGAAGCUACCCCGGUCUUCGCCAAGGUUACUCGGGGCCUAGUGCUGAGGUGCUUCGAAGGGGCGACUCCCCCAUCACUCAAUUCUUCUACUUCAUGCCCGUCGUGUUGUGGCAGCACAUUGCU